AUGGGUUAUUUGCGUCUUUCUUUUUUCCUUAAAACAGCAGAACAGAAAACGCCGAAAAGUCCAAAAGGGAAAAAUACUUGCUCAGCGAUUUGUUUAAAACUAGCUCAGGCUCUGGCGGCCCUCUUGCGGCGGAAGCAGUUUGUCUCCAUUCGGCCACCGUCGCGUCAGCGUUACGGAGUAUUUUGUCCGCUCGCCGCCGCCGUCCCAGGGCUAGUCACCGAGUUACUGGGCAGGGGAACGUGUGUUUCGGGGGAACCGGCUGGCGUUGCCGGCACCAUGGAGUCACCUUUUAGUCCGGGACUCCCUCACCGGCCGGAUGAAGACUGGGAUUCUGCCCUGUUUGCUGAACUUGGCUAUUUCACAGACACUGAUGACCUGCAAUUGGAUGCAGCAAAUGAAAUUUAUGAAAGUAAUUUUGAUAAUCUUGAUUUUGACUUGGAUUUGAUGCCUUGGGAGACAGGCAUUUGGGACGUCAAUAACCAAUUCUGUACAGAUAUUAAGACAGAACCUCAGCCACUUUCGCCAGCCUCCUCAAGUUGUUCAGUCUCAUCUCCUCAAUCAGUGGACUCUUACUCAUCAACUCAGCAUGUUCCUGAGGAGUUGGAUUUGUCUUCUACUUCUCAGAUGUCUCCUCUUUCUUUAUAUGGUGAAAGCUCCAAUAACCCCUCCUCAGCAGAGCCACUGAAGGAAGACAAGCCCAUCAUUGGUCCUAAGAGCAAAACUGAAAAUGGACUGACUCCAAAGAAAAAAAUUCAGAUAAAUUCGAAACCUUCAAUUCAGCCCAAGCCUUUAUUACUUCCAGCAGCACCCAAGACUCAAACAAACCCCAGCGUUCCAGCAAAAACCAUCAUUAUUCAGACACUACCAACACUUAUGCCAUUGGCAAAGCAGCAGCCAAUUAUCAGUAUACAUCCUGCACCUACCAAAGGUCAGACCGUGAUGCUCUCUCAGCCUACCGUGGUUCAGCUCCAGGCCCCUGGAGUUCUGCCCUCUCCUCAACCAGUCCUUGCUGUUGCUGGGGCAACCACGCAGCUACCUAAUCAUGUGGUGAAUGUGGUACCGGCCCCUGUGGCAAACAGCCCAGCAAAUGGGAAACUUUCUGUGACCAAACCUGUCCUACAAAGUACGAUGAAAAAUGUGGGUUCUGAUAUUGCUGUGCUAAGGAGACAGCAACGUAUGAUUAAAAAUCGAGAGUCAGCUUGUCAGUCCCGCAAGAAGAAGAAAGAAUACAUGCUAGGGUUAGAGGCAAGGUUAAAGGCAGCCCUUUUGGAGAAUGAGAAGCUGAAGAAAGAGAAUGGUUCCCUGAAGCGGCAACUGGAUGAAGUUGUAUCAGAGAACCAGAGGCUUAAAGUUCCUAGUCCGAAGCGAAGAGCUAUCUGUGUGAUGAUAGUUUUGGCAUUUGUAAUAUUGAACUAUGGACCCAUGAGCAUGUUGGAACAAGAUUCCAAGAGAAUGAAUCCUAGUGUGAACCCUACAAAUCAAAGGAGGCAUCUUCUAGGAUUUUCUGCUAAAGAGGAGCAAGACACAUCGGAUGACAUCAUCCAGAAAAACAGCUACAGAUAUGACCAUUCUGUUUCAAAUGACAAAGCCCUGAUGGUGCUAACUGAAGAACCAUUACUCUAUAUUCCUCCGCCUCCCUGUCAGCCCCUGAUAAACACAACAGAAUCUCUCAGGUUAAAUCAUGAACUUCGAGGAUGGGUUCAUAGGCACGAAGUGGAAAGGACCAAGUCAAGAAGAAUGACGAAUAAUCAACAGAAAACUCGUAUCCUUCAGGGUGCUCUGGAACAGGGCUCAAAUUCUCAGCUUAUGGCUGUCCAGUACACAGAAACCACUAGUAUCAGCAGGAACUCAGGGAGCGAGCUACAGGUGUACUAUGCUUCACCCAGAAGUUACCAAGACUUCUUUGAAGCUAUCCGCAGAAGGGGAGACACGUUUUAUGUUGUGUCGUUUCGAAGGGAUCACCUGCUGUUACCAGCUACCACCCAUAACAAGACCUCAAGACCAAAGAUGUCAAUUGUAUUACCAGCAAUAAACAUAAAUGAGAAUGUGAUCAACGGGCAAGAUUACGAAGUGAUGAUGCAGAUUGACUGUCAGGUGAUGGACACCAGAAUCCUCCACAUCAAAAGCUCGUCAGUGCCUCCUUACCUCCGGGAUCAGCAGAGGAAUCAAACCAACACCUUCUUUGGUUCCCCUCCAGCAGCCCCAGAGGCAGCCCGUGUGGUCAGCACCAUCCCUGAGUCCUUACAGUAGUGCCCUGGGGCUACAUUGGAGAAUGAGAAUGGGACCCUGCCAGACUGGUGAGUGGUGAGAGAAAUGUUUCUUUUUGCCUCGGUGGCAAGCAGAGAACUGCCUCAUAAUAGAAUUCCAGAGAGAGAAGAGGAAAAAACGAAGCUGCUCUAUUUCUCACCAUCUGCCUAUCCACUUGAAGAGCACUGAAGCUCAGACACAAGGCAAGCAGCAGUUCUCCGGGGGCACAGGUAGCCCUGCAUUCUUCACCGCUGCCUGGUGUAGAUUUUUAUUUUCCCUGUACUUUUCUAAAUUACUUUUCCCUCUGUAUUUGUUUUGUGUUUAAAUAGUCAUAUUCUUUCAAAUAAGACCCGCUUCCCUCUCUGCCGUUUCACUUAUAGGUACCGUACGUUCAUUUAACAGCACACAGAUGUUUCCACUGAUUAGAUCUUUCAUCAGCUUAAUGCAAACCAAUUGUGGAUGUGUGCGUAUUGGAAAGCAGAUGCCAGAACCAGCAGGGCCAAAAGCAUCCCCAAGAGAGGCAAGCCCUUUGGAGUGUUAGGUAAAAGGGAAAACCCUCCAGUGGCAAAGUUUAUCUUGGGAUUUGUGGUUCACACCUGAAACGGCACGAGAACCAACUGUAUUGCGGGGGAGGGUAGUGAAUUCGAGAGAAUAAAAUGAAAGAGACGGUGGUGGGGGUCUUUUUGAAAGAGGAGAUAGCUCCAUUAAUACAUGUAUUUAGAACACUGAAAGUUUGAUGAGACUGCAGUUUAAUUAAAGCCAUUUCUUCUGAGGACCAUGGCCCACUAAGAGUUAGCACACAUAAGUAUUUAUGUCUUUGCUUAUCUGAUUCAGAUCCUCAGAGACCACAGAACAAGUUCUUCACUUUAUUGUGAAUCUCCACACACUACACACCUUCUAUUAAUAUGACCCAGUUCAAGUAAGGAGCAUGUAGGUGACUUUAGAUUUAAACAAACAUGAGUUUUUUCUUUUGAGAAUUGACAGGUAUUUACUCCUUUAAGACUAUGCAGACAGGCAAAUUAGAUUCCUACUGGUGGAGUGCGUCCCAUAAUAAGACAGUAAUUAUCAGUUCUGCAGUGAAAAGGCAGUGAAGGAAUUUAAUUCUUUUGUCCUCCCAUUAUUAAAAACAAAACAGAAAAAUAUCGUACUUUGUUCACUUGUACUUUACUUUCUUCUCCUCUGUGAUUUCUACCUUUAGCUUCAAAAAUGGGUCUUUGACCCUCUCCUCCUCUGAAACUUUUCAAUUUCUCAGUAGAAUGCAUUCUGCAAACACCGCUUCUUAUCCUAAUUGACUUGCUUUGGUCAGAUUUCUUCUCUUCCAUUCCACACUGUAUCAGUCUCUUCCUCCCUGCAAGAAAAGAACAGAGAAAAUAUAUCAACUCCUCAAGGAUUUAUAUCUAGCCAGUUAGUUUUCUGCCUGUGAAAUGAGCAUGGUUCCUAAAUACUUCUGAAGACGCACCAGCACUUCUGUCUGGACAGUGAUGCUUCUCUAAGUCAGUUAGAUGCUUUUGGAGGAAAUCAGUUUAACUUGUGAGGGGAAGCAGGGGGCUCUGUUCCCUGGGAAUCUGGAGUUUGGAAAGUGUCAGUAGCCUCCUUUUCUGUAUGCACAAACUGUUUUAAAUCAGGGCAGCACUCCACUCUGAUUUGGCUGUCCUGGGCAAUUUCAGACAAGAGCCACUUCCCAGGGGACCACUCUUCCUUCUACUGGGCACCAAGAAAGAGAAGGUAGCACCUAGAAGACCUUUAGGCUACAGGCCAUCUUCUCCUGGAGUGUCUUCUCCCGGUCCUGAUCCUUUCCAUUCUGUCCUGUGAAUUAUUCCAAACAAGAGGCUGCUGCCAUGGCCAGUAGUCAGUGGUGACAUGGUCAUUCCCAAGCUGCCAGUCUUCCCCCGGAACUGAGGUAGUCAUUACGGUGGAUACACAUAAAGUGUGCAUGGAGUGAUUAUGGACGGUGCUUCCUUCCUGCCCUUUGCACUGAAUCACACAAGAGCGAACCAUCACGUGGAGUUCUUGGUUUUAGCACUCGCUUUUACUUUUUCCCUUCAUUCCCAGCUUUUCCUGCACUCAUUUUACCAAGCGGCCAGACUGAAGGCUUACAUGUUGCAUCCCCUGAAUGCCUUUCAGGUGGGAUAAGUGUGGAUUGAGAGUACCUGUGAAGUGGCCAUAAAAAGCCAUCUGGGAGCCUUGCCUGCUUUCACUCACCAACCUUUCUGCUCCUUGUCAUGACCUAUUCUGCAGUUGAUCUUUUUGAGAGGUGGGAACAGGAUUCUCCUCAGGGUACAGUUUCAGGAAAUGAGUGAAAGGCAACUGACAAGUGCAAAGAAAUAUACUUUUUAAACUGCUGUCAAGGCUAGUGCUAAUCCCUGGGCAUAAUGGUAUUUUUAUUUUAAUACCUGUACGCUAGCUCAAGGUCCUUUAGGAAAUGGAAAGUUGCUGUGCCUGAUGAAUAAAUUAAGCUGUUUUUUCCCUUAAUUGUUGUGGUGAGAUUGCCUUUUGGGGAUGGCAACCAGGAAUUAUGGCGGAUGUGUGGGUGUAUAUUUAUUUAAUUUUUUAAUUUAUUAAGUCUUUAAGUGGUAUUUUGCAAAUUUGUGAGGAUAUUAGAUAAGGUCACGGAGAGGUCAAGUCCACCUGUUCCUAGAUGGCUGUGCCCUUUGGGGCAGUGGUACUACUCUUGUGGGAAGUGAUGGUGAAGACUUCUGGGUGUUUUUCCCACCUGGUUGUGACUUUUUAAGGCUUCAUGGAAGUAGAUGUUCCCUUGUGCUACCUACUGAGUCAGAUGUCAGGGGCUACUUCCCCGGGGGGUUAACUCACUCAGCGGAACAGGGACACAGGUCCAUUAGGACCACAGUGUGAAAUGCCUCUUUCUAAAGUUAGGGUUUGUGAAAGGAUCAUCUUGAAAGAAACAUAUUGCUUGCCAUCCUUGUAGUUUAUGUUAUUGGGUAGUGUUUGUCGUUUCACAAGUAAGAAAUUUGCUGUGAUUACGAAAGCUCAGAGCAUCUUCUAAUUUAAAAAAAGAAAAAAAAAGACUACAGGCUUCAGAACAAAGCUGGCAUUUCUUUGCCUUCUCUUGUUAGCAAGAAGUAGACACAGAGGUAUUUGAAAGCAGCAAUGUUACAUGAGUCAUUCCUGAGUGUUCUGAAUAAACACUACUUAGAAACAGACAAGAAAUUUGGGAUUCAAACUGAUUUUUCUAGCAUUUUUAAAGAGACACUGCCCCGAUUAAGCUUGCCUGGCUUGAACCUGCCUCCCGGGAAUGAAGCCCCAGUAGUCACAGCGGUGGCCCUCGGAUAGGACCUGCCGCUGCGGCGUCUGGAGUCAUGGAGCUGGAGAGCGCGCGAGCUCUUGGCAGCUUUUGCACUGGUUUCUGAUUUUCACCAUUUUACUAACCUCAGGUGGUGACACUUGACAAUCAGAGAAAAACUUGUAAUUAUAUUUGACUUUCUAACACAUUGCCAAGUUUCAAAGCAGCUUCCACUUUCAACUAUUAGAAGCAACCACUUUUACUGAAGAGCCAGAGUUAGAGUCCAUGCCCCCUUCAGUCUGACCUCAUGGAAGUUUUCCACCGUGAAAGCCCUCUUUCCACUGCACACUGCUGGGCCAACUCAGCUUCUUGCUUCAGAGUCAUAGGACUCAACUUCAAAUGAGACCUUGCGUACUAUCCUAUUGGCUGUUCUCAUACAAAUUAACCUCUCAAAUAAGAUUGCUUAAUACCAGAAUUGAUAGACAUUUUUGACCCUCUAUAGACCCCUCAUUCUUUGCCAAAUGCUACUUCUGUUAGUCUUGAGUCAUUUUAAUUUACAGAAAUUAGGAUCUUCGCUGCUAAUAUGAAUGCUAAUUAUAACUUUACCUUAAAAGCAGAAUAAAGCUUAAAGAGAUAAAAUGAAAUGUAAGAAACUUUUAUUCUUACACCUAAUAAUAUUUGGAAGGGAGCAGUUCCUAUUUCCCCUCACCCCUAGGGGUUGAGAUUAAUUUUUAAUUUUCUAGGAAAUAGAACAUUGGACUACCACCCAAAAUGUUGGCAGAGUCCAGAUGGAACUAUGCACAUUAAAAAAAAAAACAAAAAAACAAACAAACACUUUUCUCUUACCUGAAAAAAGAGUCUGUUCUGUUAACUUAUAUUUUUAAUGAGUAAACUUAAAAUAAAUUUUAUUUUGGACAAGACUAGGACUUUUCGCAGUUUAUUCUAAUACCUCUGUGUUAAUAUCUGUCAGGCUUUCUGUCAGAACUUAUGAAAAGAAGAUGACAAAGGCAUCUGGAUCAGGAAACUUGUCCUGUGUGUGAGUCAGGUCAUGGCUAGUCACUGGCAAACAGUGGGCACCAUGCUCAACAUAGUGGUUUGCUACCUUGAAGCCUUAGAGACUUAGCACAUUAAAAGGCUUUUAAUUAUAUUAAAUGGGGAACCAAGGAGUAAAUAAAACACAGUUGACCGUUUCCAAGGUCAGCAAACAGCACACUGCCUUGCUGCUUGCCCCCAGUGAUGCUGCUGACCAUCAGUCAACAAGCAGACCCGGAGGCUUGGCGUCUUGCCCAGCAGGAUCAUCUCAGUUUAGUGGGCUGACUUUCACGACAGAUGUAUAUUGGACCCUUUUAACUCACACUCAGCCCUCAUUUCUAGGUCAGUCAUCUUCAUGAGAGAUGGUGGGGAAAUAGAACUUUAGAUGGAAACUGCUCUGUACUACUGGCCUUAGAGAUACUCGUCACUUGUCAUCACACUGGCAGUAUGGUUAGUCUGAGACCGAUAGUGCUUCUCCCGCGGAGCCAUUAGAACCCGAGGAGAGAGCAUCAGAGAUGUCGUUUCACCAGGACUUUCUUUCUAAGGUUGUAUCGGUGCUCAGUUAAGAAUGGGUUAAAAUGUGGAGGAAAGAUGUACCAUUUUCUCCCUUAAAUUUUUUGUUUUGUUUUCAACACAUUAAGAAACAAUGACAGCAGACUAUGAUAUGCUUUUAAGCAAGUCUUUAUGAUGCAAUACUUGUUCUUUGUCUAAACUUCAAAUAAAGAAUUUUUAAACUGC